AUGACGCUGCCGCAAGAGACAUGCUCUACCAGACACCGACAGACACCACGCCAAAGCCGCACUGAGCAAGCAGCAGGAGAGGAGCAUUACCAGCGUGUGUGCAGAGCCAGCAGCGGCCGACAACAAUCCGGCCAGCUGGCAGCAGGUUUGCCGUUCACAACCUGUUUCAGCCAACAAGGCUUCAACUCGCCAGCUGCUGGAGAUCCUUGGGCUGGGCCACCGGGUAUGCCCAAGAUGGCAGGGAACACCACUUGCAGCCGUUGUUUCUUGCCGGGAGAGGGAGACGGAGAUAGCGAGCUGACUGCCUGGCUCUCCGGCUGGCCUAGGUUGCAGGAACUUGCCCUUCUCUGCUGUGGCAUCAUGGGUGAGAAGGUUGAGAGGGAAGAAGACGUCGCGGUCGCCACCCACCACGCGGCUGGCCUGGCCACUACCGACGAUGUUGAGCGCAUCGAGGCCCCCGUCACCUGGAAGGCCUAUCUGAUCUGCGCCUUCGCCUCCUUCGGUGGUAUCUUCUUCGGUUACGACUCUGGUUACAUCAAUGGCGUCCUGGCUGCCGACAUCUUCAUCAAGGCCGUCGAGGGCCCCACUGCUACAUCUGUCUCGGAAUCUCACCAGUCCCUAAUUGUUUCGAUCCUGUCUUGCGGUACCUUCUUUGGCGCUGUCAUUGCUGGCGAUCUCGCCGACUGGAUUGGCCGCAAGUGGACUGUCAUCUUGGGUUGCCUCAUCUACAUCAUCGGUGUUGUUAUCCAGACGAUCACGGGUCUCGGCGAUGCUCUGGCUGCCAUCGUGGCGGGCCGUCUGAUUGCCGGCAUUGGUGUCGGUUUCGAGUCGGCCAUCGUCAUUCUCUACAUGUCUGAAAUCUGCCCCCGCAAGGUCCGUGGCGCCCUGGUUGCUGGCUACCAGUUCUGCAUCACUAUCGGUCUCAUGCUCGCCUCGUGCGUCAUCUACGCUACCGAGGACCGCACCGAUACUGGCUCGUACCGCAUUCCUAUUGCCAUCCAGUUCGUCUGGGCCCUCAUCCUAGCCUUUGGCCUCAUGUGCCUUCCCGACUCUCCUCGCUACUUUGUCAAGAAGGGCAACCUGAACGCUGCCGCUGCAUCUCUGUCGCGCUUGCGUGGUCAGCCUGAGAACUCCGAGUAUAUCCAGGUUGAGCUUGCUGAGAUCGUUGCCAACGAGGAGUACGAGCGUCAGCUCAUCCCUGCCACCACCUGGCUCGGCAGCUGGGCCAACUGCUUCAAGGGCUCUCUCUGGAAGUCGAACUCUAACCUGCGCAAGACCAUCCUGGGUACCUCUCUGCAGAUGAUGCAGCAAUGGACCGGUGUCAACUUCAUCUUCUACUACUCGACCCCCUUCCUUAAAUCGACCGGCGCUAUUAAGGACAGCUUCUUAAUGUCCAUGGUCUUCACCAUCAUCAACGUCUUCUCGACCCCCGUCUCUUUCUACACUGUUGAACGCUUCGGUCGCCGCACCAUACUCUUCUGGGGUGCCCUGGGCAUGCUUAUCUGCCAGUUCCUUGUCGCCAUCAUUGGUGUUACCGUUGGCUUCAACCACACCCAUCCCGAUCCUGCUGACCCGGAGGCGACUCUCGCCAACAACGUUUCGGCCGUCAACGCCCAGAUUGCCUUCAUCGCCAUCUUCAUCUUCUUCUUCGCCUCGACCUGGGGUCCAGGUGCCUGGAUUGUUAUUGGCGAGAUCUUCCCUCUGCCCAUCCGCUCUCGUGGCGUCGGUCUUUCGACUGCUUCCAACUGGCUGUGGAACACCAUCAUUGCCGUCAUUACCCCUUAUAUGGUCGGCGAGAACCGUGGUAACAUGAAGAGCUCAGUCUUCUUCGUAUGGGGUGGUCUCUGCACCGUUGCCUGGAUCUACACCUACUUCCUGGUUCCUGAGACCAAGGGUCUCACUCUUGAGCAGGUCGACAAGAUGAUGGAGGAGACCACUCCUCGUACCUCGGCCAAGUGGAAGCCGACCACUACCUUCUCCGCCGGCGGCGUCAAGGUUACCAAGGGUGCUGGCAGCGGCAGCGACUCGAAGGAGGUUGUUUAA